GUUUGGCGGCCUCCUAACUUACCCGAAGAGAAGCACAAUGUCCUCUGAUGACUCAUAACAGUUGACUUGUCCCGACUCCGUAGGAACAUCCCCAGGUACAGGGUGCUCGUAUUUUGUGUUUCUAAGUUUGCAAUCUUGAAGCAAAAGAAGAAGAAGAAGAAGAAGAAGAAGAAGAAGAAAAGAAAGCGAUGAAGCCAAAUUUAACGUUGUGCGCAGCAACAGUGGCCAUAGUUUUGGGUCUCCAGUUAUUCAAGUUGGGUCCAAUCCCAGGUUCCCACGACCUUCUCCACACCUCCGAAAUACUCCAAGUGACUGGAGCCGUCGGACCGGAGAGUCUUGCUUUCGACCCCAACGGUGAUGGGCCUUACACCGGUGUCGCCGACGGUCGUAUCCUCAAGUGGGAUAAAAACGACCGCCUUUGGACUGAUUUCGCAGUCACCACAUCUCAAAGGAAGGAAUGUGUUAGGCCUUUUGCACCAGAACUGGAGCACGUUUGUGGAAGACCUUUAGGACUAAGGUUCCAUAAGCAAACUGGAGAUCUCUAUAUUGCUGAUGCAUACCUUGGUUUACAAGUAGUAGGUCCUGCUGGAGGUUUAGCAUCUCAAGUGGUUAAAGAAGUUGAAGGUCAGCGGCUUCGCUUCACCAAUGAUAUGGACAUUGAUGAGCAAAAGGAUGUAAUUUACUUCACUGAUUCGAGUACAAUCUUCCACAGAAGGCAAUUCAUGUCGUCAAUUUUGAAUGGAGACAAGACUGGCAGAUUACUAAGAUACGAUAUAUCUAGCCAAGAAGUCACGGUUUUAUUACGAGGUCUUGCUUUUGCCAAUGGUGUUGCAUUGAGCAAAGACCACUCUUUUGUGCUAGUUGCUGAAACCACUAAUUGCAGGAUCUUGAGGCUUUGGCUUCAGGGUCCAAAUGCUGGAUAUACAGAUAUUUUCACUGAGCUUCCGGGAUUCCCAGAUAAUAUCCGAAGGAACUCGAAAGGCGAGUUUUGGGUUGCACUACAUGCAAAGAGGGGACUUUUCGCAAAGUGGUUGGUAUCUAACACGUGGGCUGGAAAGUCGCUCCUCAAGCUUCCCCUAGAUUUUAAGCAGCUGCAUUCACUUCUAGUAGGAGGAAAGGCUCAUGCAACUGCUAUAAAGUUGAGCGAGAAAGGUGAGGUUUUGCAAGUUUUGGAAGAUUGUGAGGGAAGGAGCAUGAGGUUUAUCAGUGAAGUAGAAGAGAAGGAUGGGAAACUGUGGAUUGGGUCAGUUUUAAUGCCUUUUCUAGGGAUUUAUAACCUGUAGGAGGUACCUUGAUGUAAUUAUAUGGGAACAUCUUUUAUUUGUGAAUUUUCUGCAUCUUUUUCUCAAAAACAGAAACUUUCCAAGUAAUAAAACUCCGUCUGCCAAGUACCAUAUAGUCUAAUGACAUUAGUCUC